GGCUGCGUGCGUGUACAGGAGCCGCCUGUAACCCAUUUUGUGACUUUCUUUCAUCUACCUUAGCGGGAUGUGAUGUCUUAUUUUACGGUACCGGCGAUGGGCUAAACUGAAACUGUCGAAUCGAUAAAUGCUCCGGAUCAAUUACAGGCAAUAAGACUGUAACCAGCUUCUUCAGCCCCCCUUCCUCUGUUUAUUUAAUUAUUUUCAUUGUAAUUAUCUCCUGCCUGUAGAAGAAACGAGGUAACUGGAAGCAACGUGUGCUACAAAGUCUAACAUGUGUCUUUCUUUCUUUUUUUUCCUUUAAAGAGAGCUCGCACAAUGCUCAUGAGAAGCAAAAAAAAAAGAAAGGAAGAAACGCUGCUGACGAAACGGCCGUUGCUGAAUGCGCAAGUGUCGGGUUGGGGCUGGAGCCGUCACUAGCCGAGAGAAAUUCCCACGGAGCCCCUGAAUUCCCACGGUUAAGCUCCGCCGCAGUGCAAACGGCUGCAGUGCGGUGAAGUUACGCGAGAUGGCGCUGGCGGUUAAAAAGAAAAUAGAGAAAGGAGUUACAAGCCAAUCGGGGCGCAGUGUAACGUGCCCGAAGGUCUUUCCCGGCCGCUUAUUGGCUGCGCACGUAGCGCGGGAAAGCGCCGCGCGCCGCCUGGCGCCGACGCGCCGCUUCCAAAAGAGAGGGGGCCCUGGCGCGGCACUUAAUGGCAUCGGGCGAGCGGUUGGCGCCGGUCACAGACUCUAGUGCCCCCAUCUAGUCUCCGCGGUCGGGUCCGCUUGUGUGCGUGUUGUGGUGUGUGCGCGCGUGUGUGAGCCAUGUCGCAGACGGAGAUUAUGUCCCAGGAGGUCUUCCAGCGUGCCGUCAAGAAGGGCGACGCCAGCGAGCUGAAGCGGCUGCUGCAGCGCUGGGAGGGCGGUUCGCUCAACGUCAACCUCUACGACCAUGAGGGCCAGACGGCGCUUCACAAGAGCGUCAUGGAGGGCAACCUCGAACUCGUCAAGCUCCUCGUCAAGUUCGGCGCCGACACACGGCUGGCCAACAGGGACGGCUGGUCGGCGAUUCACAUCGCCGCCUACGGUGGACACCAGGACAUUGCGCUCUAUCUCAUCUCCAACAGUGGACCCCGUCGGUAGCGUGUGGUGGCCUCCCUGCUGGGACAGUGUGCGCUAUGCUCCUGCGCCGGACCAAUCAAAUCUCAGGAACAGACUCCCGACGACGCCUGUCUUUUCUCAGCCCGCCGCUGUGCUCGCGCCGUGCGCAAGACCCGGACUCGGCGCCGACAAGGUACCAACCACACCGAACCAAAGCAUGCCACGAUGACCCACCUCACCAUCAUGGCACGUUUUGCAGAGCAAAAGCCGCUCUCUUAUGGCAGCCUGUACAUACGCGAAGGUUUUUUUUUUUUUCUGUAUGGCUACAUUUCCAAAAGCUGUAGCGAACAAGUUCCUCCUUUGUAUUGACUAGUAGUGCCGCUAUAGUUAUGUCGCAGAAUAUUGUUGCUUUGUUAUUCUUUUUUUAUUAUUAUUAUUAUUUCCACGAGACAAUCCUGGUCGCGGGGCCGCUGUAGGCGCAGACCAGGCGUGCGCGCGACCGCCUCCUCUCCGCUCCAGACCUGUCUAAUCUCAUUCCCAGCAUUGCGAUGCUAUCGGCGGAUCUCCCGUAGGCCCUCCCUUGCUCGUAUUUCGCUCCUCUCGCAGCGCCCGGUCCAUUGUAAGCGGUGCUGGCUGCGAAGCGAAAACCGGACCAGACCGGACCGCGCGCGCAGCUCUCCUCCUCCGAGAGACGCGCGCGCAGCACUGCUCACCUCAGGGUCACCUUUCGCAUCCCGUCAGGUGUCGCGCCUCGCUUGGCUGCUCGCGCGGUGGAGGCUCCCCGUCGGCGCCUUCACCAAUGGCAGCCUUUUGUCACUCCCGCGUAAUUCUCCAAGUUUUGGCAUCCUGCUCGGUGUGAAUCCAUGCUCGUUUAAGAAAUGUGAUCGCCGGGAGCAUUUGCAAAGUUAUCGUACGCUUUUGUAAAAGUUUGCCAGACCGCUGGUGGUCCAUUGCGCGUUCGGUGAAAUUGGUGGGUCCCUGCCGUAGCUCGAUAAUGUGAUGGACGGAUACAUCUUGAGUCGUGAGCAAUGCCCACAGGACGCUUCCAGCAAGCCUGUUUUGCUCUCCAGUAACGCAUGGUUUGCUGGCUGCAGCUGUGGGUGCGUGUAAUGGCAGCUCUCUGUUCGGGACAAACUAAGAGCUGUCUUUCCCAGUGCUUAUUAGGGCCUAUUUAGUUGGUAUGGUAUCAUAAUAACGCCGUAACCAGCUGUAGCCCCCAUGCCUACGAGCCCGUCAACCUAAACCUGUUAAAAUAAUUUUGGUAUGUAGUCAAGAGUUUGCUUUGCAAUUAUGUCAUUUUACGUCCAGUAAUCAAGAAUACAGCAACCUAUGCUGUUCCUUUAGAGCGAUUCUUCGCAUCUACUACCCGUAGUCAUUUGAGUCUCUUAAGACGCUGCCAAAAACAUGGUUGCCGUUAACUUGCGGUUCUCCCACCGCAUGAACUCUUGUUGGCCUGUCAUUUGCUGGUCUCGCUUACUUUUUGUGGCUUUUUCCGAUUUUCCAUGCUGUCUGUCUACUCGUUCCAGGGCUGGUAUUCUCGGUACUCAUCGCGCUCAGUAAACAAGUCGUUUUCUGAGCGAGACGAGUUCUGUCUCUCGUCUUUCGUCCUGUUUCGACUGUGCUCUCGCGCUACGGGAACCGUGCAGGUGUUCCUUGAGCUGCUGCACACGCACAUUGGAGCGGCUCUCGUCACAAAGAAAAAGAGAAAAAAAAAGAGCGAUGAUCCGCCUAAUUUUGUCCUGUAGGGAAUGUCGGGAAGGGUUCGCCUGAUAGGGGACACCGUGGAGAGAGUGCGUGCAAGUGGACUCGCCACCAGCCUGUUCUUUUUUCUUUUUUUCACCCUUCGCUCCUGGCUUUCACGUUACUCGCUGCAGCCAUUCGGUGUAGUGACGCACUGGACACCAGCACGGGUCGCGCGACGCUUCGGGCCUUCGCAGCUCGCCGUCCACACUGGACAGCGGCUGUGCGGGGGGUGCCAGCGAAAAAAGGAGCGGCGCGUUUUCCGCAGCGAUGGGAGCGUGUGGCCCCGUAUACCACCACCGCCGGGCUUUUCUACAACUCCGCAGAGCGCGAACACAACCGAGCCAUGCCGAUAAUUCCCUCACUUUUCUUUUCUGUCUUUUUUUUUUUUUCGCCCGCGCGUGUCUUUUAUUAUUAUCCUCCCUUCUGGCCGUGUGCGCGGCGGGAAAACCAUUUGGCGCGUCAUUAGCGAGCGCCCACACGACUCCGGGACCGGCCGGUGCUCGUUUUCUCUUCUUUCUCACGGCCUCUCUCGAAACCGCGCCGAUGUCCUCGUUCCGAAGGAAAUGCGCGCCGCCGCAGCCGCCGUCUGUGCAUGUGGUAGGCGCGCGAGCGUUGUGUGUGUCCCUCUCGCUCGAGCGAUUUCCUUCCCCGUACUUUUCUUCGUGCAAUCCAUCGGCGCUCGGAAGACUUUAAUGCGAAAUGGCAGUCGGCCAGUGCCUUGACGGGCUGUUCCGCGCGCUCACCGGGGGCUGCCCUUCCUUCCUAUUCCACCACUCAUGCCGCCAAGGACGCCGGUGCUAUUCGCGUGCACAAUGGGUCGUGGCCGCUACUCGAGCGCAUGUCGCCGCUGCCAGGAACUGGGUCCUCGAUAGCGGUGCGCUUGCGCUCGGGUGCGGCCGGGAUCGCGGGCACGUAGCUCGACCCGCGCAGUGUCUCACUUUCGCGAGGGCGAGUUCGCAGAGUGGAGCGGUCGGGCACACGCUCGGUGUCUGGACCGGCGGUGUAGCCGAGGGGCGGGACCAUGUGGGGCCGGAAAUGAUGAGACCGACACUGUGUGCGGCCAUAUUUUUCUUCUCCAAUCUUUCACGGCCCUCCCACCCAAAGAAACGAAAUGUAUACCUCACCCCGCCCCAGAUUCUUCGCUUUGUAAACGAAGAAUAAUGUUCGUGGCUACACCACUGGUCUCGUUGCUCUGUGUAACCACUGUGGUGGGCGCGGCCGGCGGGGAAAAAAAGAAAAGAGAAAUUAAACCGACUCAGGCCAGCGAGGAAAUGAUGUCCACAAGUUCCUUCCGUGGUAUUCUUGAUCACGGUGAGCGAUGUGUCGGCUCUCGGCAGUGAGCUCGGUACUCCCACUGGGAACGAGCUUGGAAAUGUGUUUCGCGUAAAAAUAUGGACCAUGGGCUGUCACAUCGACAAUGUUUGUCUCUACGCUUUUUUGUCUGUACUUUGGAGAGAAUCGCCUGUGUACGUUGGUUUCAACAAAGAAGGAAACGUACACACCCCUUUCUGUUCAUAUUGAAUAUUGUCUGUGCAAGCUGUAAAGAAAAAAAAAAUACGAGUAUGUGCUCAUGUUGCCCAGUAGUUCUUUUUUCUUAUUUUUUUUCAUGACUCACAGGCAAUGUCACAUUUCUGUACAGCCCUUUCCUUUAUUUUGUCCACGCUAAACGUGGGGUGUAUGUAUGUGUGUACAAAUAGAAUGAAUGACUGAGCGACACGUUGUUUGAUUAAAAUGUUUAUUGUUUGCUAAAA